UCGUGGUCAAUUUCGUAAGGGCCUAGGAAACGUGUAGGCGAUGUGUGUAUGUCAUCUGUCAGAGGGCCUCGGGCUUAUAAAAUAGACCAUCGCGAGCUCAUUGCAUCGCUCUGGGAUAACUCAUUCGACUGAGCAAAUCAUUCAUAGCGAGGCAAAUCGUAGUCUUUAGCCUUGUUGGCGUAUCAUUAUUCGAUUUUCCCCAUUUCCAUUUUUACCAAAACGUCUGUCGAACAGCGUCGAGAGCACAAACCCUCAUUUUCGAUGAUUCGUUUCGCCUUCAGCCUUGCUUUGGCAUCCACGUUGCUGUCUACCGCGCAAGCCGCAUUUAGCACAACAUCUAAGAACAACGUCGUCGUCUACUACGGCCAAGGACCAAAUCAACCUGCGCUUAGCACCUAUUGCGCCGACUCGAGUAUCGACGUCAUCGUCUUGUCUUUUGUGAACUUAUUCCCAGCACAGGCCAAUGGAUUUCCUGGGAUUAACUUCGGAAACCAAUGCGGUUCCACGGUGUAUCCCGGGCCGGGAUAUAACGGCGUGAACAACGCGACCAACAACCACCUCUACCAAUGCCCUAAUAUCCAGCACGACCUGUACACGUGCCGCCAGACGAGCAACAAGAAGAUUCUCCUCUCGUUAGGGGGCGCUACCCCGGAGUACCAACUCACGGGCGCGACCAACGGCACCAACUUCGCCAACACGCUAUGGGGCCUCUUCGGCCCGCGCACGACAACCUGGGUCAACGCCGGCAACCCGCGCCCCUUCGACUGCAACGGCGUCGGCUUCACCGUCGACGGCUUCGACCUAGACAUCGAGCACCCGCCCACCGACAGCUGGGCCGGGUACAUCGCGCUGGCGAACCAGCUGCGCGCCAACUUCGGCUCCGCCGCCGGCCAGACGCUCUUCCUGACCGCGUCGCCGCAGUGCGUCGUCCCAGACACAAACCUGCUCGGCGUGCUGCAGCACAGCGUCGUCGACAUGCUGUUCGUCCAGUACUACAACACGCCCCAGUGCUCCGCCGCGUCCUGGGUUGCCGCCAACCCCAAGUACGCGCCCGGCGGCGCGUUCAACACGACCGGCUUCACCUUCGACACCUGGACGUCGUGGCUGGGCGGCACGGCGAGCAAGAACGCGCGCCUGUUCGUCGGACUGCCCGGCUCCGGCAGCGCCGCUAGCGCUACCUCGGUGGUCACGCCCGCGCAGGCGCAGAGCCUCGUCGACGCGUACUUCUGCCGCGCGAAUUUCGGCGGCGUUAGCGUCUGGGACGCGACGUAUGCGGCGGCGAAUGUGGCUGGCGGACUGAAUUUCUACCAGAACAUGAAGAGGGAUCUGAAUACGUCGAGUGCGGAUACGAGGUUAUCCUGCGUGGCCCCGGUUCCGACUAGUUCCACCACGACCUCCACACGGACUCCGACGCCGAGUACGACUUCGACCGCCGUCCCGACGACGUCACUGCCGGUUUCGACCAACAAUCGCUGCGGAACAGGGUUUGGCACGGCGUGUCCGUCGGGGCAGUGUUGUAGCCAGUAUGGCUAUUGCGGCACUGGAAGUACUUACUGUGGUACUGGGUGUCAGAAGGGCUUUGGUACGUGUAGUUAAUGGGUUGCUAUGUAGAUGUUAUUUGAUGUAUAUGAAUAAGAUGACUGAAAUGUGAUGGUUUGACAC